AUGGCGAAGGUGAACUGGCGGUUGGUGGCAGCGGCGUUUGCGGGCGUUGCGCUGGCCUUGGAAGCACUGCCUUCGCUGGUUCAUUGGUUGCGGGCCGGGCGACAGCCGCGGCACGAGGUGCUCUUCUUCCCGUCACAGGUGACCUGCACCGAGGCUCUGUUGCAGGCCCCGGGCGCGGCGCCGGCCCGGUCUCCCGCCGACUGCCCGUGCAGCCUCCCGCACAGCGAGAGCUCGCUGAGCCGCCUGCUGCGUGCCCUGCUGUCCGCUCGCUCCAGCCUCGAGCUCUGCCUCUUCGCCUUCUCCAGCCCGCAGCUGGGCCGCGCCGUGCAGCUCUUGCACCAGCGCGGGGUGCGCGUGCGAGUCAUCACCGACUGCGACUACAUGGCGCUCAAUGGCUCGCAGAUCGGCCUGCUGCGCAAGGCAGGUAUCCAGGUGCGGCACGACCAGGACUUGGGCUACAUGCACCACAAAUUCGCCAUCGUGGACAAAAAGGUGCUCAUCACUGGCUCCCUCAAUUGGACCAUGCAAGCCAUCCAGAACAACCGAGAGAAUGUCCUGAUCAUGGAGGAUGCAGAGUACGUGAGGCUGUUCCUGGAGGAAUUCGAGCGCAUCUGGGAAGAGUUUGACCCUACCAAGUAUAGCUUUUUCCCCCAAAAGAAGCGAAGUUGCUAAAGCUAUGUGUUCACCUGGGUUGGAGCUGAAGGGGAAAGGAGCCUGGAGACUGUGCUGCCCACUGCCUGGGCUAGCCACUCAGCUGUACUCCAAGCCCUCCAAGCUAGCGUGGCUAGCAUGAAACUGGCUCCUUCCGGUACUCAACUGACUGGGAGAACUCAGGAUUGAAAGGGAUGUUUCUGUUGACGUGGCAGUUGAUUUGCACCAAGUCAGUCCCCUCACAGCCCAGUGCAGGCUGCUCAGCUUUUGCUGGUCCUUAUCCUUCAGUGGACCUCAGGGUUUUGACAGGAGUUUUCCUUUAGGGCUGAACAUCCCCUUCCCCAACUGUUUUAAUUUCCCUGUUUCUCUUUGGACAGGCCUUUCAUGUUGAGGCUGCUACUUCUGUUGUUGGCUUCUGGCUAGUGGGGACAGGAAGCCAAGAGAGAGGAGCCUCCUCCCUAGGGUGUGUGAGUUGCCUGCCCUCUGCCUACUCUCUAGUGUGCAAGGGAGGGCUGUAGGUGGUCAGAAGUUGGGUCCAUUUCCACAUUGUGUCUUUAAUAUGUAACUUCCAUCACAUUCAAGGUAAUCUGUGUAUUUAGAAGUGAGCACACCUUUAACACCUGUGGACACAGCUAUUUGCUGCUUACCAGUGGAUCACCAGCUGCCCCCUCAGGAAGGAGUGUGGGGGUAGAGGCUGUGGGCUGUACUGGUAUUCACAGGUCCUGAAAAGUGUCUCUUGUGUUUGUGAAAUGUUUCAAAUUUCUUUGGUCAAGCACAUCUAAGUUGGUAUUUGAAUACAAUUUUGGCUUAUCUUAUAUGUGCUUGAGCUGUGUAGCCUUCUUGAGGCUGAGCCAGAUGCCAUCUCUCCCCAGCUCACAGCUCAGGCCAUGUAUGUGUGUUUCUUUUUGUGGUACUGGUGCAUAAACUCAGGGUCUUGUGCAUGUUUCCAGUUUUAAAGUUACCUUUGACUUAGUGUUAAGUUAGUAAACUGGAAUUAAAAAAAUACUUGAUGGGAACUGUAAAGUGUAAUUUGCCCAGAAGCAGUCACAUAAGAGGUGUUCCUCCCAAUGUAUGCAAUGUUUGUUCUGGAAGGCAGGCAAUGUUCUAGAAGGAGGGCUGAGGACAUUAUAAGAGAAUGACUUGUGAGUGGCCAGUACAUCUGAAUAAAUGCUUUUCUGGAA